GAAAAUAAAUUCUGAUGGCGACAUAUCAUUCAUUCUACGCAAUACAUAAAUAAACAUUGACCUUUCUAUUCAGCCAGGUUCCUUCACUACCGCGCCCAAACCCAAUUUCCCUUAUCUCCAAACCCCCGCAAUCCACCUCCGCCCAAAAAUUAACAACAAACGCGACAUCACGAACACAACCAGACAUACCCAAAAUGGCAGACACAUCCCAAAAGCCCGACAAAGCUACCAGUGCAGCACAGGCUCGUCAGGUCAUUGACGUUUUUCAUGAGAUUUCCACGCUACUUAAUGCAGAACUCGAUCGCGGAACCCUGAGUAUUUGCAUAAGUCUCAUUGAGAAUGGGAUCAAUCCCGAGGCACUUGCUACAGUAGUCAGGGAACUCAAAAAGGACGCGGACGAAGUACGAAGACAGAUUGCCGAGGGGGGUGUUCGCAAUGGUGAAUGAUUGUGCAGUUGCUAGGAAUGAGAUUGGAACGGGGCAGAGAGCUCAUGCUAUGGCAUUUUCGAAAUGCUCAUCUUUUGUGUGCUUUUGAUAUGAGGCGUUUCCGAGGAUAUACCGAGGCGUUACUGGAGAUGUAAUUCAUGAUACUGGGAGUUUAGCAUAUAGGGGGCAUGGUUUGCACAGUAGUUUAGGCAUGGAUGGCACUACUUGACUUCUCAACCAAGAUGGUUCCAUAGCCAGACUUGCAGCUGCGAUCCUCAAUGACGAAAGCAAGACGAGAAGACCGUUGAGGAAACUCUAGUAGAUGGUAGUGAUGUGGUUAAGGGACGGGUGUUUGAGCGCAUGGCGAGACUAAAGCUAUCUCAGAAAGCUGCAAGUUAUGGAAUGUGGAGUGUAAUCUAAAAGCCCAAGGCACACGGGCAUAAGAAUAAGCUUCGAAUAUCUCAAACAUGGCCCUUAUUGCACCAUGAGCAAUAAGAACGAGGAUGGUCGAAGAGUUGAUCAAGAUAAACGAUCGAGGAAUCAAUAAUUUCACUCCUCCAUAUAACUACA